CUCUCAUAGUUCUCUCCUUGAUCUUUUCUUCUGUACCUCUCUCACUCUCUCUCUGUAGAACAAACAGACAAACAAAACAAACAGAAGAGUCUGAGAAGAGGGGUUGUUCUCAAACUCUAAGCCAUCAUUCAUCAUGAUCACUGUUGUUAUGGUCUUGUUCUAUUUGAUGAUGCUCAUCAUUGUACCUUGCAAUUCACGACUAUGUUCAGGAAUAUCAUCAGCCGAAGCUGAUAAGGAUCCCAACAUAACCACAGCACCGGCCCUGCAAUUACAGCAAGCAUACUUGGCCCAUGGGAGUUGCACAAACAGAGACAUAAGCAUCUCGCAGAGCAGAGUCACUUCAACCGGAAUCCCACAGUACAUAGUUCAGAUCGUAAACACCUGCGUUUCUGGGUGCGCCCCUUCCAAUAUCCAUCUCCACUGUGGAUGGUUCGCCUCAGCAAGAAUGGUGAACCCGAGAAUCUUCAAGAGGCUGGACUACGAUGACUGCUUGGUGAACGCAGGGAAGCCAUUGAAGACCAGUCAGGUGCUGAGAUUCACUUAUUCAAACUCCUUCAUGUACCCACUUGGAUUCAAGUCCGCCCACUUCUGCUGAAUUAAUCUCCGACCCACCGGCCAAACUCCGUGGCUUGUACAGCUUUGAUAUAUAUAAUAUAUAGCCCAAACUGCGAAGCCGAUGCCCGGAAAAGCGACCGCUGGUUGAGCCAUUUUGCAGCUGAGUCUCUUUCUUUCUUUCUUUAUUCUCGAAGCGCUCAAAGACUGAUAAAAGCUUCGGUCUUAAUGCUGGCUUUUACUUGACAUUUGUCGUGGGCGUCGAUGGAUAUUACUGACCGAU